GCCAACACUUUCAGUUCGUUUAUAACUCCCUUCGCGAAUUGUACUUAAUGCACAAGAGUUGUAAACGAUAAACAUCAUAAUUUGUUAAAUAAUAUUCAUAAAAUGAAGAUACUUUGUGUAGUGAAGCGCGGUGUUACAUUUAGUCACUAUAGAUUAAUUUCAGAUAUAUGUAAACCCAAUUAUUCCACAUCAAAUAAACGGGCUACGGUGGAUAAUGAAGAGAUAGAAAGACUUAUCAAUUUCGAAUGGUGGGGUCCAACAAGCCCAUGCCUUCCCCUAAGAAGUUUUAACAAGAUCAGAGUUCCAUUUAUUAUGGAUGGCCUUGCUGGGAAUUCUUCUGACAAGAAAACAAUAAAUCCAUUCGCUGAUAAGAAAUUGCUAGAAGUUGGUAGUGGUGGUGGAAUUUUGGCAGAGGCGUUGGCUGCGAAAGGAGCUAAUAUUAUAGGAAUAGAACCAGGCCAGGAAUUAGUUGAUGUGGCGCAAAAUCACUGCGAUACAAACCCAGAUAUUGCUGAUAACAAACCAAAAUAUAUCUGUACUACAAUCGAGGAACAUUCGGAGCAGUACCCUGAUUAUUACGAUGCCGUAGUUGCAUCUGAAGUAAUCGAACACGUUUUAAAUCAAGAGUUGUUUGUUGAAUGUUGCAUCAGAGCCCUUAAGCCAGGAGGCAGAAUAUUCUUCACAACUCAAAGUAGAAACUUCUUGGCUUGGUUCCAUCACAUAUAUUUUCUGGAAAACAUUACGAAACAAAUUCCAAAGGGUACACACGAUUAUGACAAAUUUAUAACACCAAAAAGAUUGACGAGGAUACUAGGACGAUAUAAUUGCCGUGUGGAACUUGUUCGUGGUUUGAUGUACUAUCCCUGGUCAGAUAAAUGGAAGUGGAUUAACUACAGUCAUGCAUAUUAUGCGCUUCAAGCAAUUAAACUAAAUAAAUAAGAAUAUUAUGGUACCUGUCUUAUUAAGUUUAAAAUUACUUGUCAUGUAACUCUGUUGUGACAAAGGUUUUAAAUUUGGAAUAACUUAACUUCGCGUUAAUAAUAAUAACACAGUUAAUGUUUAUUGUACAAUAAAAGUGUGUUCUUUA